UCGAGUCGCGAGUUCGACUCCCUUGAGCGCGUCUCGUGUUUCCUCCUCCUCGACCAAUAUCACCUUGGUCAAGUAUGGAUAUCUCUGCAGCGGAAAGAUUUUGUGCUAUUCUUCGACAUCUUGGAGGUCCCAAUAUCCAGGAGGAUGAUAUUGCAUGGGCGAACGAUCUCCCAGCGGGCAGGUCCCUGUUGCAAUGGAUGUCUGACCAAAUGUUGGAAGACUCCUCGGCAGGGCAUUCUGCAAAGUAUGACAACGAGUUAUUUGCAAAGGUCUCUUUGAGGCCAAUUACUCUAGAGUACGAAGAGCGGCGCAUCUAUGAUACAAUUCAGAAAGAUUCGCCGCCUGUCCAAGCGACACUCCAUGAUACCUAUGUUGUUCCAUCGAUUCUGCAGAAGCGAUCGAAGACGACAGAGACUGAGGUCAAGCUUCUAGAGCUUGAGGAAGCCCAGCUAAAAUACCGACUCAAGCAUGCGAAAACGGCUAUUGACCGUCUUCAGCAAACCGCGAAAAGUCUUCAGACCGCCAUCAGACAACUUAACGAUGACCUUAGAAAUUACCAUGAAAGCUUGAGUGAACUAUCGAAUACGGCUGAUGAGACAAUCCCAAAAUCGGUCUUGUCUGCACACCAGUUGUUGAGUGCAAGGACACACAGAGGACAAUUGUCUUUCCCUAACAAUGUAGACAGUCUUCAAUCCGCGUUUGACAACCUCUCAACAUUGCACGCCAGCAUCGUUGAUAUUGCCGAAACUAACCUCCGACAAAUCGACGGAGCCCAAAGAAACCUGCCUAGUUUGGAAGAGGUCGAACGUGAAGCUUCGCGUGUUAACUCUGCAUUAUCCAAACUCAAAGACAAACAUGGCCAUCACGAAGAGGAAUUUCGGACUGAAGUGACUUAUACUGAAAACCUGAAAGCUCUUUGUGACAAGCUGGAAAAUGCCACUGAUCCAGAAACCGUCCUGUCAGAACUACUUCGAAGCGACGAUAUGCACGUUGCUGCCGAUUUGGUUGAUCCGUUCGACCUUGACAUCCGAAACCGUCUGGAAACCGGUUGGAAAUUGGACCAAAUGGCUUUGCUCAUUGCGAAGGAGCAACUUUUGGACGAGGCCCAACAACUUUUCGAUGAAACACUUAUCCCACCACUCCGCGCCUUGCAUGAAAUUGUGUGUGCAACAAAUGCAGCAAACUUCGAAGCCGAAGCUCUGAUUGGAGCGCUCCUCGAAGAAUUGGAGGAAACAGUCGAUGACGUUGAAGAUGCCAAACACAAACGACGGACAAUGUCCUCUGUUCCCGGGGAGGAGAACCCACUUGUUUACGAGGCAUUGACAAAAGUCUUGAAAGAUAACAGAGAUUUACGCCCACCAGAUGCUCCUCCUCUUGUUCUCUUGGACGGCGAGGAUCUCACACAAGAAUUGAAGGCUGUAGAGACAAGGCUAGCUGCCUCUACACGAGCUGAGACAAAGUGGACUAGCGAACUACCUGAUAAACUCUCUGUUCUGUCCAACCUACAUGCACCUCUUCUUUCGACGAUAUACGCGAACUCACCUGUCAAUACCUCCAAACCCUUUGAAGCCUCGCUAGAGCUGAACCAAUUGGAACGCGAAGCACGGAGAGAAGCUGAGAAGCUAAGUAAUGCUAUCAUUAAACUUCAGAAGGAGGCUGAGUUGACCGAUAGGUCGAAGCGGAAGUUGAAUGCCUUUGUGGACAAGUGGGGUGCGCGAUGAUGAUCGUCGUAUAGAAAGCUCCCCGUUCCGCCCGCAUGGAUAAACAGAUCACAACCGUAAUGUUGACAUCAGGAAAGAGAGUAUAAUUCACGUUGAGAUCGAAACGUCAUUCUACAUUACUACUAUGGCCUUUCUACUUCCAUCGGCAAUUGAUUCACGGGAACAACAAUCCUGGUAGAAUUCGAUCAUCUUUACAGAGCGAUCGAAAUCUCCGUCGCCGGUGUCCCUGUCGACCUCCAACUCAACUCCUUGUAUUGUUUCCAACUCGAUGGCAAACAUGAGAGUUUUGGGUUUGCCUCGAGGUAUGUCGGCACGCACUUUGAUAUUUUGGUCGCCCCGAGCUUCACUCUCCUUCAUCCGUCGCAGUCUGUGCUCACAGAUAGAACCUCCAUCCAUCCUUAGAAAAUAUGCAGACGGUGGCACCUUUGUAUAGUCCAAGUCAAGUUCGGCAUACGCCUGUUUGCACGUGUUGAAUGCUUCAGAAAACCCAUUGUUAUACAUUAGGCGCAAGUGGUAGAGGACGAAUCGUUUGAUAAAUUUCCAUUCGCGCUUGGACAUCUCGGGAACCUUCUCAGCUGCAUAAUAUGAGAUAGAUGACAAUACAAUCAGAAAAAGCAUGAUACACGGAACGAAGCGAUCUGACCUGCCCGUAACUGUUGAAGUUCUUUGCAGUACUUUUCAUGACCAUUCUUCCAGCCAACUCUCUGACAUUCAGUGCUGCAAUAGAUAGAAUUCAGACAUCCCGUGCA